AAAGGCCAAAGUUCCCUGUGCGACCAGAAAUUUUUUAAUAAUUUUUCUUUAACCUCUUUCUCCUAUAAAUUGUUAACAAACCAAACACCAAAUUUCCCAGGAAAUCCCAGUUUCCAUGAAAGUUCUGGGGGAGCCUGGAUCUUUAACUCUCCUUUUAUAUACCAAUUCUACUCGUUUCUCUUAUCCACACUCAUCUCCAUCGAUUUUCUCAUCAAGUUAUUGCCACAACCUACACAAAUCCAUGGCCGCUUGUGUUGAUACCUCGAGAAUAUCCAAUCCUUCCCAACUUUCUCAGCCUGACGACAAUCAUUUCAGGUAUGGAAAUCUCUGCAGACCCUCUUUUCCAAAUCAUGUUUCCAGCGAACCCUUUAUUGAAAACCACACGAAAACUGCCCCCACAAGAGAAUUCGUCGAUUUUCCUUUUGAGGAGGAAGAAGAAGAAGAAGAGGUUGGUGAUUUAUGGCUGAAAAUGAAAGAAGAAGCAAGGUUAGAUGUUGAGCAAGAGCCCGUCUUGUCAAAUUAUUAUUACACCUCCAUCUUGUCCCACAAUUCAUUAGAGAGUGCUUUAGCCAAUCACUUGUCGAUCAAAUUAUGCAUUUCAAGUCUUCCUAGUGGUACUUUAUAUGAUAUUUUCAUGGCUGUGCUCGUGGAAGAUCAAGGGAUUAUAGAAGCUGUAAAGGAAGAUUUGAAAGCUGCUAAAGAAAGAGACCCUGCCUGUGUAAGUUACGUGCAUUGCUUUUUGAACUAUAAAGGGUUCCUAGCCUGUCAAGCACAUAGGGUAGCACAUAAUAUAUGGUCUCAAGGGAGGAAAGUUUUGGCCUUGCUGAUACAAAAUAGGGUGUCUGAGGUUUUUGCUGUGGAUAUUCAUCCUGGAGCUAAGAUUGGGAGGGGCAUAUUGUUUGAUCAUGCUACUGGUGUUGUUGUUGGAGAGACAGCUGUGAUUGGAAACAAUGUGUCGAUUUUACAUAAUGUAACAUUAGGAGGAACUGGUAAGGCUUCUGGUGAUAGACAUCCAAAGAUCGGAGACGGUGUUUUGAUCGGUGCCGGUACUUGCAUUUUAGGGAAUAUUAAGAUUGGCGAUGGAGCUAAGAUUGGUGCUGGUUCUGUGGUGUUAAAGGAAGUGCCACCGAGGACUACUGCUGUGGGGAAUCCUGCUAGAUUGAUAGGGGGAAGGAGAACCCUAUAAAGCUUGACAAGAUUCCAAGUUUCACCAUGGAUCAUACUUCACACAUUACCGAGUGGUCUGAUUAUGUUAUUUAGAGGGACAAUUAAUUUUCCUUCUUGAAGUUUUGGAAUUUUAACCUCCCUUGGUUUGGAUU